UGUGUGUGGUGUGUAUCGAGUGGGUGACUUCAUACAAAAAAAAUAUGUUUUUCUCAGCUUUAUUCGAGUAAAAUCCUGAAUGGAAACCUGAAAUUUAAAGCUGUGUGUCCAUUUCAAUAUAUGUGAGGCAUUUUAGUCCUACUCAUCAAGAUGCAUCGACGUCGGGGCCCAAAUUUUACUUACGUUAGUGGUUGCGUGAAAUAUAUGAUUUUCGCCCUGAAUUUCAUAUUUUGGUUGUUCGGAGGACUUCUGAUUGGAGUUGGAUUGUAUGCGUUUAUUGACAAAUGGCAAGCUACUGGGCUCAUAAAGCUGGAUACGGUGUACGAUGUGAUGCUAAACAUCAGCCUUCUCAUCGCGUUGCUGGGCGGAGUGGUUUUCGUGGUCAGCUUUGCCGGCUGCGUGGGAGCGCUCCGGGAGAACACUUGCCUGCUUAAAUUCUAUUCCCUCUGCCUUCUGAUCCUGUUUCUCGUUGAAAUGGGCGGCGCAGUAUGCGGUUUCGUGUUCCCGCGUUCCCUGCACGGUCUACUCGAGCUGAGCUUCACGGAGCGGGUCGUGCACGCUUAUAGAGAUGAUCCGGACUUGCAGAACUUUAUAGACUUCGCCCAGAGCGAUUUCCACUGCUUCGGUUUGACCUCAGACGGGUACAUGGACUGGUCCAAGAAUGAGUAGGGUGAUUGCUACAGUUAUUGGCCCUUUAAGAGCGUUGUGUAAGUUAACUUGUGUAAAAUGUAACAAAAACUCGACUUUUGUUUACUUUUUAUAUUUUAUUAUGAGAAAACAAUAUUGCUGCUAUUUAGACUAGUACCUAUUUGGUGUAUAUAAGAAUAAGAAUUACAAUAAUAAUUUUAAAAAUAUCAGAGAUCACAUUAAAUUUAGCUAUUGGCCCCAAAAUCACAGUAAUUGGCUCCUAGAAGUACAGUUAUUAGCCACCGAAAAAAACCCAUAAAAAUCACUGAAACUUCACGCUUUGUAAUCCUAACUCAUUUUGUCUUUCCUUAAGAUUAGCUAAGGAUUCGUCAUCAGUAUCACUCUUAUCGAUUUCUUCAUCUAUCUCAUCAUCGUCAGUACAUUCAGUAACAUUGUAACAAUUGUGACAAAGAUAACUGUCUCCUUCUUCUUCAGGAAUAUGCUGUUGCACAAGAUUUAUAUUAUGAAAGACACGGUGACAUUCAGAGCAUACUAAAAGUCUAUUUUUUAUAAGCUUUUUGCAAAUAUUACAGAUUUGAUUGGAUACAGAUAAAUUAUUCUUACUUUUUUUAUUUUAGCAGUUUUCUUUUCUUCAGCUUUCAGUUUUCUGUCCUCUCUUUUAUGUUCUCUUUCAAUUUUCCGUUACCUUUUUUCUUUCUCGAGGAUUUAUUUUUCUUCCAGAAUCCUCUGAUAUUCUGGUUACGGUAACGGUUCAUCUCGUCGUUCUCGUUCGUCUACAAGUACCUAUCUCAUCUUCUUGGGUCCCAGUUUUAGGGUCUUUUGUCUCUCUUUCUUUAUCUCUAGUUUGAAGUUCUCCUAUUUCACUCAAUGUUGAUUCUUUCUCCCGACUUAUAGGUUCAGGUUCAUCUGUAACUUCCGCUUCCAAUCCAUUUUGCUUAUAAUAAAUAGUCCCACAAACGAUAGAGAAUUAAAAAAAAUCAUUGUUUUGCAUUUCAGGUAUUAUUUGUUUUAUUUUUUUAAACUGAUUAAGUGUUUCUGUUCCAACUACUUAUACCAACCUUAGUAUACUGUGUUACCAACGGCAUCUUGUAACAAUCUAGGUAAAGUAAAUCAAUAAAAAUAGUUAUUGGCCGUGCAUAAGUGUCAGUAAUUGGCCCCCCGGCUAAUUACUGAUCCUAAUAGGUUAGGACGUUAGUAUUUUAAUAGCAAAUAUUUAAGGGUUAAAUUAACUUAAUCUUGAAUAAAAAUACAAUAA